AUGCAGAAAGCCUCCAGGAGGUCGACUCCCCGGUCGCGAAUAUCCAAGGCUUGCGACCGUUGUCGUCGACAGAAGCUCAAGUGUGACUCAGUUCGUCCAUGUGUCCUAUGCACCCGUGCUGGCCACAUAUGCGAGACAACUACAGUAUCACGUCGUCGUGUUUCCGAAUACCAAACACCGGCCACUCCAGCGGCUUCCGCCGGAUCUGAGACGCCGCAGGUCUUACCGCGCAGAGCGUCCGAGGACCACCAACAAUAUGCAACGGGCACUUCAGCGAUUGGUUUUGCCAGACAAGUUUAUAAUGAAGAGGAGACAGGCCGGACCUUGACUGAAGCUGCUGUGCCGGGUGAUGUUGGCAUGGCGGGUACUGAUAAUUCCCUCUGGGGCCUCAAGGAGACAUCCAUGCCACCAAGGACUGUGAUGCUAGCAUUGAUCAAUGCCUACUUUGACCGAAUGCAGUGGUUUAUCUUGGUACUCCACGAGCCGUCAUUCAGAGAAAUGGCCCAGCCAAUUAUCUCUCAACAUCAAUGGCAACGCCAGGAUCUUGGUGCAGUCAUGACUGUGCUUGCCGUCGCUGUCAUCAGCUUACAAUCUGUCCUGCCAGACGCAGAUUGGCCUGGUCAUAUCCUCCUGGCUAGGCAUUCGAUCGACGCCCAGGAUUUGCUGAACAAAUUUUUGACCGAGAUUCGUUCCCGUGUGCUUGACAUCUUGGAGGACCGCCGUAUCGAAGGAGUCCAAGUCUGUCUCUUACUCUGUUGCUAUUACAUGUUCCACAGCUCCCCUAACAUGGCGUGGACCACGUGUGGUAUGGCUUUCAGAGCUGCAUAUGCCCUGAACCUUCAAGAAACCAGUACAUUGUCACAACCUUCUGUCGCUAAUGAGACACGCUCUCGUUGUUGGAACCAGAUCAUCAUCUCGGAUACAUUCUGUUCCAUUCUCUAUGGACGUCCCGCUUCUCUGCCUUCUGCCAAUGUUCGUCACCUACAGCUCGUCGACGACCUGGCCAUUGAUCACUCGUUGUUAAACGAUCUCUCGGUGGACAAUAGCGACGGACUAACGUCGCGCGCCCCAUUUCACGUCUUGAAGACAGAUGUGUAUGCGAUUGCUCGCGAAAUUCUUAUCCGAUUCCGUCGGCUUGACCUGACAUCUGGAAUAGAAGAACAGGACUUGGAAGCUAUCAUUCGUAUUACCGAAGAGUCCAACGCACUUCUCACUGACUGGUGGAAGUCCGUCCCGAAACUGUAUGACUUCGAUUACUGGAAAGCAGACGGUCGCUGGGAAAUGAUUGAAGGCCAGCUGCAAAGACUUCCAUCCGAAGCAAGGCAACAGGUGGAGACAAUAUAUCUACAGGCUGCUGUUCUCCAGUUGACGUAUGACGGCAUGGUCAUCCAAGCAAAUAGACCACUGUUGGAGCGAAGAAUCAACAGGCUAACAUCUUCGCGGGCGAUCAUGGAUGCGAUGCAUAGGGCGCUUGACCGAGCCACGGCUGCUGCUCUCCGUAUAUCCCGUGUCCCAGUUCAAAAGUUGAAAAACCAUUUUGCUAUAGCAGUCGUAUCGAUGCAAGAGUUCACUGCUGGUGUGAUCCUCUGCAUACCUCCAACGGUGAAGCCUUUAACAAGCACCGCUCAUGAGGCGAAGGACGGGGUGGUAAGAAUAAUACGCGCCAGUCGAAGUCUCAAGAGCCACGAUCGAAUAGCAAGGCAAACUGAACAACUUCUGACAGAGCUACUCAAAGUCACCACCCAACGCGAGAUAACGCACGCCUUGGCCGAUAAUCUCGACACCAAUUCCCCCUCCGAUACGCGGCUAACAGGCUCCGCUGUUGCCGGCGCCUCGAAUGACCCCUUGGGUGCAGGACGCUCCAGGCUGGUUCCCGGAUCCGCAGCGCAGGCAGUUGUAGAUCCUGUUCAAGGAGCCUGGGACUCAGAAUUCAAUGCCCUCCCUGCCGUAACGGGACCUUAUGAUUUCCUCCCUGCUCAAGCCUUUCAACAGCUGGACGAUACAUUUGGUGCCUUCGGAGAAUCCAUGUUUAACUUGGUCCCUGAUGAUCAAAACAGUACAUGGAACUGGGGCCGAACAUUUCCCUAGCCAAAGGAGCAUCAGGGAGUCAACGUGAUCAGUGCAGCCUUGUAGCUCGCUGAAACUGCCCUGGAGCCAAGCCAAACACUAGAGAGCAAGGUGCACGGGCGAGCUUCGCGACAGUUUUAGUUGUUAUUUAGUAUGCCAAGAGUAAGCCACGCAGGAUGGCUUAUGGCCACACUAGCAACAAUGGCCACGGGGAUGCGGAAAGCCGCCGGAUAUUUGGGGUCCCGGCAUCCAUGGGUGGGCGUGAUUGUUCCGGUGGCUAUCUUUCCGGUGGAGAUAACGGCGGUGACCAUCAAAACUCCUCAGCCCGGAUGGCUCGGACUCCGCAUCGUCAAGUAUCGGUUUCAUGACAGCCAUUCGACUACUUAUCCAACUUACCCCGACCUUUGAUAAUAAUUUUCAGCAGAUCUAUCGAUCUCAGAGAUAAUAAUGCCACUGUUCUGUGUGGAAAGCACUGCGCCGUGGCUUAACAAUAAUAAAACUCCAAAUUGCCCAAAAGCUAGAGCG